AUGGCUGCCUUCCAACACUACGCCAAAGCUCAGUCGACAUUUCCAAUUCCCCUCCUCGCGGGUGACAAUGCCUACCUUGGCGAUGUCUUCUCUAGCGACGAGACGAACCCUGAAAAGCCCAUCUCUUCCGGGCUGUUCCGACUGAAGAAGGGCGAGCCCCUCACAUACACAUACAAGUACGACGAGAUGAAAAUCAUUCUCGAGGGCGACUUUACGAUAUCCGAUGAGACCGGCCAGAAGGUCGAGGCUAAGCCUGGCGACGUUUUUCACAUUCCGAAAGGCGCGACGAUUACCUUCACAACAAGCGACUACGGGCUAGCCUUUUACGUUGGUCAGCGGAAGAAGAGCGAUUUCUAG